AUGGAUGAGGUCAGAGAGCCGCCCCAACAUUUGUUUUCGGAUUACGUGGAGAUGGUAUAUCUGGGGAUUGUGAUCAGUGUGGGGGUACCCUUGAAUGCGAAUGUGUUCAGAAGACUGGUCCUGGAGAUGCGGAAGACUCCCAGACACAGUGUUAAGGUAAGCGUCAUGAAGUUUAACAUUUUUAUAUCGCGUUUUAUAACAUUUAUAAAAAUUCGAAUGUUAGUUAAUUUCCUCCUAAUUCCCUCUCUCCGUUUUGCUACUCUUAACUACUUUCAGCGUAGUUUUCUCCUCCUCAAAGUGAAUUUGAAUAUCAGCGACCUCCUAAUCCUGCUAGUCCAUGCAAUGGGUAAAUUUCUUUGGCUCGCGACCUAUGAAUGGAAGGGCGGGGAGUUUCUUUGUCGGGUCUUCAACUUCCUCUCCAUGUUCACCUUAUACCUCAGCUCCAAUAUCAUUGUUUGUAUUGCCUUCGACCGUUUGCGCACCGUGCUGGCGGCCAACAAGAUUCAGCAUGGGAAGAAUCAGACUUUCUGUACGCACAGCCUUAUCUGGUGUGGCUGGAUGUUCGCGAUUGCGUGGAGUCUGCCUCAAUUGUACGUGUGGAGGACAGUGAACGCCUUCAAAGAACAUCCGGGCGGAUGGAUACAAUGCAGUGACAUCUGGGCCAUAAAUGAUUUUGAAAUGGAUCCGGAGAGUCAUCAGAACACGACUCUCAAGUACGAGGACAGUCUGAAGGCCCUGAUUCUGCGAGAAGAGAGCAAAGAUUUCUAUAAUCUGUCUCAUCUGGUGGGUGCAAACUGAUUACUUUGAUAUUUAAAUAAUAAAAAUUAUUUAACGACCAAACCCCGCGUUUUACAGUCGUUUUAGUCUACCGGAAAACAAUUAUUUUCGGCAGAAAAUUCGGCCAAAGUUUUGUCGUAGGAUCUAUGGGACAUAAUAAAUUUAAAUUCGGCUUAAUUCCCUUAGGCUAUUCAUACAAAAUACUUCCAAAAAUAGGUGUAAAUGGACGUCUAAUUACAGGUAUUCGUAUUCUACGGCCCUCUGGUCAUGCUGAUGGUGUGCUACAUCAUCAUAGUCAUGAAGAUCAUGCACUACAACGUCAAGAAUCCCUCCAUGACGGUAGGUGCAAUUCAAUUUGAAUAGAAAUGACAUUAUCCCACUAGCAGCCUCGUGUAAUUCCCCCCACUUACUCAAAUAUUAUAGAUGAAAAAUGAAGUUCAGACAACCCUAAGGCCGUACGAUGAGUUGGCCAGCUUCCGCGACAAGAAACUCUCGUCCACAAGGUCGCUGUUGGACCUUAAUCCGCGACAACAUCGUAUUAAUAAUCAACAUCGACAUUCGGCUGCGAUUAUAACGACCCUAAAGGGAUGUAGAAGACAUGAAGAAGAUCCUUCGUAUAAUAUGGAAUCCAUCUCGUUGAACGAGAGUUUCAUCGAAGAGAGGGCCGCUUCAAUGUUUGUCUUCAAAUGGUUCCCUUGUGUGAGGUCGGCUGAGUCCAAGACAGUCCGAUCUGUCAGCCCAAUAUUCUCAUCCACGCCGCCCUUCGGACAUCCCGAAAACAAUGACAAUACUCUGAUCACAUAUCGAGCUACGGACAAAAUUAAAAGGCCAAGUAAGUACAACAUUUUCAAUAAAGUCACCGCGAGCUUUCGCGACGAGAUACUAUGAAAACGAGGAGAGACGGUCAGCAAAUGUUUUUGGAUCUUUCGAUGUUCGACUAAAACCCUAUUGUAACUUCAAACUAAAUAUAUUCCCAAAUUUCAGAGCUCUCCCCCACCUCAGGUUGGCGUCGCCACUUGCGCGGUCGCGUCUUUCGAACCACUCUCCUAAUAAUCGUUGCUCACGUCCUCUUCUGGCUCCCCUACAAUCUGUAUGCCUUGAUGCAGUACAUCAACAAGGACCUUCAUCUUCGGAUGAACGAACACGCCAAUGUCUUCAAAGAAUUGCAAUUCCUCAUAGCCAUCAUCAACCCCUUUCUCUACGGUUUCACCGCCCAAUAG